AUGGCAUCAGGCCUGGAGAAAGCGUUGGAGAACACAGGUGGACACGGCCGAAGAGCCCAGGGGGUCCCGAUCAAAACAUUUGUGGCCUCGCUAACGACGGCCAUUAUUGUUUUUGUUAUCGAGUUUCUGCUCUUUUUGCUGCUGAAAGGCAAACUCACUCGCAUUUAUCAACCACGAACUUACCUCGUCCCGGAUCGAGAACGCACGAAGCCCUCGCCGCCGGGUCUCUUCCGCUGGAUCAGCCCUGUUUUUCGCACUUCCAGCUCAGAAUUCAUCCAAAAGUGUGGGCUGGACGCAUACUUUUUCCUGCGCUAUCUGCGCAUGCUUCUUAAGAUCUUCGUCCCCUUGGGUUGCCUUAUACUUCCUGUGCUCCUCCCGGUAAAUCGUGUUGGCGGAAAAGGCACCACCUUUCAAAAUGGCACCGGCCCUGGUCCUCGAUGGAACGUCACCGGUUUGGACCAGCUGGCUUGGGGUAAUGUCACUCCGGAGCACACCCAUCGGUACUGGGCACACCUGGUGAUGGCCGUCAUCGUCAUAUUCUACGUCUGUGCCGUAUUCUUCGAUGAACUCCGGGGGUAUAUCCGUCUGCGCCAAGCCUACAUGACGUCCCCCCAACAUCGACUGCGUGCUUCUGCGACUACUGUGCUUGUGACAGCAAUUCCGCGCAGCUGGCUUGAUGUUGACGCACUCGUUACACUCUUCGAUGUAUUCCCAGGUGGGGUCAGAAACAUCUGGAUCAACCGCAACUUCGACGAUUUGAAUGAGAAGGUCAAGGAGCGUAACAAUGUCGCCUUGCAGCUUGAGGCCGCUGAAACGGAAUUGAUCAUCAAAUGCAAAAAAGCUCAGCUGAAGCGAGCCAAGGCAGAGGCCAAGAAGGCUGGGGAGGACAAGAAAAAUACAGAGAAGGAAAAAGUAUCGACCGAUGAGCGAGCAUCACACAUGGCAAUGGGUCCAGGAAUCAGUUCUGGUGAUCCUCAUGAUGCCCACACGUUGCAAGAAGUCUUGGAUAGGCCCUCAGAAGGAAGGCGAGAGAGCACCUCCGAGGACCCACCUCGGCUUGGAAUGCUUGAUCCUGCUAUUAUGGCAGCUGGGGCCGUUGGACAAGGGGUGGGAAAGCUGGGCAAGUCGAUGUUGGGAGGCCUCAAGAAAGUUGAAAAUGGUCUCGAUGGCACGCUAUCCAAAAGCCGGGGCUUCGUUGCCACCACAGAAAACGUACUGCCGCCUCGUGGGAAUACCCCUCCGGAAGACAGUGAGGUUCUCCCUCAAGAAAAGCACACUACAGAUGCUGCGACGGCAUCUGUUCACAGUGUCUCAAUGCCACGUACACCCGAGACAGGCCACCCCGAAACAGAUCAGCCCGUCGGUGUUUCAUCACGCGAGCUAGAAUCGCCGCCAAAGCGUCCGUUCUGGAAAACUCGAGUGUCUUCUCAUUCAAAACCAUCAGGAGUACCAGAGCCUGACGAAUAUCCUCUCACCGGACCUGGCACGCCUGCUUCUGGCCAGGGACGUCGCGGUUCUGAAAAGGCUGAGGGGGAUAAAGAAAAAAGCAACAAGCACACCCGCAAGGAUGGAAAAGACGCAGAUGAAGAGUACCCAGUCGCCUACAACGAAAACUUUGAUAACGAGGAUUAUGGAGAGCCGACAUGGCAAAAAUACAUCCGACCAAGAGAUCGUGAUACGAUGCGUCUUCCCAUCUUUGGCCUGAGUUGGAUGCCGUCGCUUUGGCUGAUUGGCAAGAAAGUCGAUACAAUCAAUCACUGUCGAAAAGAACUCGCUCGGUUGAAUCUCGAAAUCGAGAUCGACCAGCAGCAUCCCGAGCGAUUCCCCUUGAUGAACUCGGCGUUCAUCCAGUUCAAUCAUCAAGUCGCCGCGCACAUGGCCUGCCAAUCUGUCAGUCACCACGUUCCUAAACAGAUGGCGCCUCGGAUCGUCGAAAUCUCCCCUGACGAUGUCAUUUGGGAUAACAUGUCCAUUAAAUGGUGGGAGCGCUACCUGCGCACCUUCGGUAUCAUCACGCUCGUGUGUGCAAUGGUGGUUGGGUGGGCAUUCCCCGUCGCAUUUACGGGACUGCUUUCGCAGUUGACCUAUCUCCAGGGUUUUACAUGGCUCGCUUGGAUUGGCAAGCUCCCGAGCUGGUUCAUCUCGGCCAUCCAGGGUAUCCUGCCCGCGCUGUGUUUGGCCAUCUUGAUGGCAGUACUGCCCCUGAUUCUUCGCUUCCUCAGCCGCACACAGGGUCUGCACACUGGCAUGGCUAUCGAACUCACGGUGCAAAACUACUACUUUACAUUUUUGUUUGUGCAGUUGUUCUUGGUGGUCACCAUCGCUUCCAGCUUCUCGACAAUUAUCGACAACGUUACCAACGUGACUAGCUGGCCAGAGCUUUUGGCUGAAAAUAUCCCCAAGUCCAGCAAUUAUUUCUUCUCAUACAUGAUUCUGCAAGCCAUGUCGGUCAGUGCUGGUGCUCUCGUCCAGAUCUUUGGCCUAGUGAGCUGGUUCAUCCUAGCUCCGAUUAUGGAUGCUACGGCCAGGAAGAAAUGGGCCCGAACCACCAACCUCAACCAAAUGCAAUGGGGAACAUUUUUCCCGGUUUACACAACACUGGCCUCAAUCGGGCUCAUCUAUUGCGUGGUUGCGCCUCUCAUUCUUGUGUUCAACAUUAUCACCUUCAGCCUCUUCUGGUUUGUUUACCGCUAUAACACACUCUAUGUCACCAAGUUCCGUUUCGACACCGGUGGCCUUCUUUUUCCAAGGGCCAUCAACCAACUAUUCACUGGUCUUUACGUCAUGGAAGUAUGUCUCAUCGGACUCUUCUUCCUAGUCCGAGACGAGAAUGGCGAAGUUGCGUGUGAAGGCCAAGGCAUUUGCAUGAUUGUAGUCCUUGUGUUGACCGUUGGAUACCAAAUUCUUCUCAGUGAGGCAUUUAGUCCAUUGAUCCGCUACCUGCCCAUUACUCUGGAGGAUGAGGCUGUGCGACGAGACGAUGAGUUCCGUCGCGCCCAACACGCUCGUCUGGGUCUGGCUAUCGAUGAAGAGGAUGAUGAUGACCAGGAGCCCGAGCUCGGGCGCCAGGAACAACACCAGGAUCGAGAGGCACGAGACAUUGAGCUUAAGACCUUGGGGAUGGACCAGAACUCCCGAAAACAAUUCAAUUCUAACGAUCGCCUCUGCACGCCAAAACUCGGCAAUAAGCGCCCGUCGUGGACUGAUCGCACAUCAAAGCGACGAUCCAAAUAUUUCGGACUCAAUUCGGCCGGUUCCACUCCGACUGUGCAGACUAUGCGCGAGAAGCUUGCGCAGGAUGCCGAGGCCCAAGGACCGCCCACCCACUCCAUGGGUCAUGCUCUAUUUGCAGGGAUCCAUGACGAACUGGAGGAUCUCACGCCAGACGAGCGUGACCAGCUGGUGCAACGUGCGUUCCAGCAUGAAGCCCUACGCGCCAAACGGCCUGUUGUCUGGAUCCCGCGCGAUGAUCUGGGAGUGAGUGACGACGAAGUGUACCGGACACAGCGGUUCAGUAAGCACAUCUGGGUCAGCAACGAGUACCAGGCCCUGGACGGCAAGUGUCGGACGAUCUUCAGUCGCAGUCCGCCAGAUUUCUCAGAGGUGGACCUGAUUCAAUUGUGA